AUGCUGCACCGGAGGAUCCUCGCCGAGUGCGCCGACCCCGACAACCGCCCCAUCUUCCACGCACGCUUCCUACGGAUGAUGGAAGACCUCAGUUUGGGGCCAAGAGAAGGCGUGGACGAGGCCAUUUCUGCAAGGAGGGAUACAGAAAUUCACCUUCUUCAUGAAAUAAUUUUUUCUUCAGUUGACAAGCCAAAGCUCCUUAGUCAGCUAUCUACGUUGCUGUGCGAUCUUGGAUUGCACAUUCGUGAAGCUCAUGUGUUCUCAACAACAGAUGGACUGUGUUUGGGCAUAUUUGUUGUUGAUGGCUGGGAAACAGAGGAGACAGAUGGUUUGUUGCAGCAGCUCAAGGAGACAGCAAAACGUAAUGCCACAUUAUCUAAUCUAACAACUUCAGCCUCAGAGAGAAUACUAGAGCUGCAAGAAAAGAUUGGAGAUUCUGAAUUCGACAGGGAUCUGUUGCAGAUUAAGGAAAAUAUCGCAUCUGGAUCUUCUGGAGACUUAUAUCGAGGAACUUACCUUGAUGUGGAUGUUGCAAUAAAGUACCUUAAAACUGGACAUGCUAACGAUGAUUCAAAAGUGGAGUUUUUGCAACAAAUAAUGAUUUUAAGGAGUGUUAAUCAUGAAAAUGUCAUUCACUUUUACGGGGCAUGCACAAAGCAUCGAGACUAUCUCAUUGUAACAGAGUACAUGGCCGGAGGCAAUCUGUAUGAUUUCCUUCACAAGCAAAACAAUAGCUUGGACCUUUCCUUGAUUCUUAGGAUUGCUAUUGACAUCUCGAAAGGGAUGGAUUAUUUGCACCAGAAUAACAUCAUCCAUAGAGACUUGAAGUCUGCCAAUUUAUUAGUUGGCGAUGGUCAAGUUGUGAAGAUUGCAGAUUUUGCUGUCGCUCGUGAACUAUCACAAGAGGGAGAUAUGACUGCUGAAACUGGCACCUACAGAUGGAUGGCACCUGAGGUGAUAAACCAUAAGCCUUAUGAUCACAAGGCAGAUGUCUUCAGCUUUGCUAUUGUUCUAUGGGAGUUGGUCACUUCAAAGAUCCCAUAUGAAAACCUGACACCAUUGCAAGCGGCACUGUCAGUAAGGCAGGGACUUCGCUUGGUGAUUCCCUCGAGCGUGCAUCCGAGAUUGUCUAAAUUGAUUCAAUGGUGUUGGGGUGAAAACCCCCAUACGCGACCCGUUUUCUCUGAGAUCACCGCAGAACUGGAAGAUAUCUUGCUGACUUUUCAGGUCGCCUCCCGCUCCAAAGGAAGCCAUCGACAUAUCAAACAAAAGAUACAGAUGAAAUCACAGCGAUAG